AUGCCCAAAUUGACCUCCCGUCCUCACCAUUCCACUGAAAUCAAAAAUCAAUUCAUUGGUGCUAUGUUGGUUGAAUCCAAUAUCAAAAAGAACGCUACAUCCUUUGGCAUCCCCUAUGAAACGGCGCGUAAACUUUGGAAGAAGUAUCAGGAGACCGGAUCAGUCGACAAUCUACCUCGCAGUGGUCGUCCCAAGAAAGUCACUGAUCAGAUGAAGGCCAAGAUCGUGCAAACUGCACGCGAGAAUCGCAGGAUGCCAUUCACAAACAUUGGCAAUCUCAUGAACCCUCCCGUUGGCAAGACAACCGUCGCGGGCAUGUUGGGUGACGCUGGGAUGCAUCGAUGUGUUGCCCGGCAUGUUCCUUUCCUCACUCCGGCCCACAAGGAGCAGAGAUUGGCCUGGGCUGAGGCAAAUUUGAGGAAGACAUCACGAGGGUGGGAAAGUGUCAUCUGGUCGGAUGAGUGUUAUAUCCAUAUGAACAGGAAUUCGGGCCGGGUCUGGGUGACGCGAACUCCGGAGGAGGUCUAUGAAGAAGGGUGUCUUGUUCCAACAUUCAAACAGUCGGCUGUCUGUGUCAUGGUCUGGGGUUGCAUUGCCCAUGACUUCAAGGGACCACUCAUCAUUUUGAAGUACCCGGGAGGUAAAGGAGGCGGGAUGUCGGCUGAUUUGUACCAGAAGCAGGUACUGAAGAAGCAUCUGCAUGCCAUCAUGAAGGAUCUUCGCAAACAUCGCAGACGGCGCAUCAAGAUUCAGUUUCAACAAGACGGUGCUUCGUGCCACACUGCCCACUCAACAAUUGAUUGGCUCGAGGACCACAAAAUCCCCGUUUUUCCGCAUCCUGCCUGUUCUCCUGACGUCUCGCCCAUUGAGCCAUGUUGGCACGAGCUAAAGAAGCGCAUCCGGGCUCGUCGUCCGCUUCCUACAACGUUCGAAAGUCUAAAAAAGGCAAUUCAAGAGGAAUGGGCCGCAAUCCCGAUCAGUGAUAUCAACAAGUACACGGGCACAAUGGUGGAACGUGUGAGGGCUGUAAUAGAUGCGAACGGAGGUCAUACCCAAUUUUGA